AUGACCACAACUGCUCCAUCAUCAUUAGAUGAAAAUCAACCACCAUCAUCAAACAUUUCAUUUAUUCAAUCACAAAAAGGAAAACCAUUGCUUAUAUCAGAUAAAUACAUUUUCAAAUUGAACAAAACAACAACCACUGCAAAAUACUGGACAUGUACAUUUAAUGGUUGUUCAGCAAAAAUCCAUACAAAUAUCAAUGAUCAAUUUCUUAAAAUAAUUCGUGAACAUUGUCAUCCUCAAGAACCCGAAAAUAUUGAUGUACGUGAUUUUCGUGAAAAAGUCAAGGAACGAGUCAAACAUGAGACAACACCAAUUCUCCGUAUAUAUGAUGAAGAAUGUGAAAAAGCAAUGUUAUCAACUGCAGCAAUAGCAGCAUUACCAAGUGAACGUGAAAUAAACAGUGCUUUCAAUGAAGCUCGUCAUGCAAUUACACCAACAAUUCCAACAACACAAUUCUUUGAUAUACCUGAUCCAUAUUCGAAAAAAUUGAGAAACAAUAAUUUUUUAAUUCUUGAAAAGAUGAUUACUCGACGACAACGAAUUAUUCUAUUUGGAACAUCAGAACAAUUGAAAAUGCUUUUUACAGCUGAAACGAUACUUAUUUAUAUGACCUAUCUUAAAAUGUUAAUAUGA